UCCCUCCUCCCUCUCUCUGCAGCCCCAUACGCCGCGGCUAGGUGGGACGGUUCAUUCCGAGCCCUGUCUUUCACCCAGGCCCGGUCUGUGCACUGAUUUGUCAGGAAUCCGACACUCGCUAUUAGUCAGGGUUGUGCAACGCGUCUCCAAGCCCAGCUUCAGUGCAGCGCUAGCAAUACCUUCGCCCCUUGUGUGUAUGCGUGUAAUGUAGUAAGCAGUACUACGAGUACUACUGCCGUCGCACAACAGAGGAAGAGAGUCGGAAAAGAAAAAUACUUCAAAGUAACAACAAAAACAAACACACCUCUUUCUUUCUGUUCUUGCACUUUGAGCUCGUCUAAUGGAGGGCCCCGUACGGAUUUGUAACCAGAGGAAUGCGCUUUCUCGUUUUGCCCAGGACGCAGCGGCUCAGACUCCCCAGUGAAAGAGAGGUUUGCUUGGGCGGCUCCAGACUCUCCUUGUGGAAUUCCUGCCCGGAUAUUUGGGAGACGCAGCGAUAUGGGUCCCGUUCCGGGGAUCAUUCCAAGCUUCCUCUGUCUCACCCUCACCUCCAUCAUCACCUGUGCAGACGUCCCUCUGCGCUUCCUCUCAGAGCCUCUGUCUGCAGUCCAGGUCGCCGAGGGCCAGGUGGAGCUGCGCUGUGCCGCCGAACCCCCCUCCGCCCUCCUGUCCUGGCUCUUCAAUGGGCAGCAGCUGGACGGUCAGCGGCUGGCCGGAGUGGAGGUGCGGCCGGGGUCACUCUCGCUCCUGUCCCUGCAGCCGCUCCACGGCGGGCGCUAUCAGUGCGUGGCCAGCACAGCCGCGGGAGCGAUCAUCAGCAGGAGUGCCUACGUGUCCCUGGCAGGUCUGUCUGACUUCGGUGAAACGGCUCGGGAGACGGUUACGGCAGAGGAAGGUGGCGCUGCGCACAUUGAGUGCCGUCUACCGAAGAGUAACCCCCCGGCACUGCCACGGUACCGGGUUCAAGGGAAGUGGCUUGAGCACUCGACAGAUAACUUCCUAAUUCUUCCAUCGGGGAACCUCCAGAUCGUGUCUGUGUCCGCGCAGGAUCGGGGGACCUAUAAGUGUGGGGCGAUGAACCCUGUGACUCGCGAGACCAAAGUGGAGCCUCACGGGCACAGGCUGGCAGUCCGACGCUCGGAAGGUAGGACCCCAGUUCGGAUCCUCUACCCCAGGACCCCCCUGCUCCUCACCGUGGUCCAGCCCGACUCUCUCACCCUGGAGUGUGUCGUCUCGGGAAGCCCCGCCCCCACAGUGCACUGGACCAAGGGGGGGCGGAGCCUGGCACUGAGCGGGAGGCGGAGACUGCUCCACAGUAACCUGGUAUUGGACAGCGCGAGGGAGACUGACGCGGGAGACUACCAAUGCAUCGCGGAGACUGAGGCAGGGGAGCUGGUGAUGGCAAACUACACAGUCAGGGUACUCGAGCCAGCCUAUCUGUUGCGGGGUCUCUCGGAUCAGUCCCUUCCAGUGGGUUCAACUGCCCGUUUUACCUGUGCCUCACGGGGUAACCCCGCCCCCAACAUCACCUGGUUCCACAACGCUGCCCCCCUGCUCCCCUCCCCCCGGCACCAGCUCUCCGGAGCCCGCCUCCGCAUCGCCGCGGUAACGCACCAGGACCAGGGCGUGUACCAGUGCCUGGCUGACAACGGGAUUGGCUCGGCGCAGUCAGCUGGGAGGCUCAUCAUCCAAUCAGGGCACAGCUCCAAGCCCGUCAUCACCUCCCCUCCCUCCAGCUCCAAGGUGGCAGAGGGGGAUUUCGUGGCUCUGUCCUGCAAUGCCAGUGGGCGCCCCCCUCCUCUCAUCCGCUGGUACGACAGCCAGGGACCCAUCAGCAGCCACCCAGCCCACCUGCUCCGAGCCCAGCCCCGCAGAGCCCCGCAGGCCGCAGCCCGGGCCUGGAGUGCUGACCCUCCCCACUUCACCAUGUCCCGGGCAGGGAGCAGCUCACUUUACAUCCAGCCCGCUUCCCUGGGCCACUCCGGGAGAUACGUCUGCGAGGCCUCCAACGAGCUGGGCUCUGUCCAGGCUGAGGCCUUCCUCACCGUGGUUCCGUUCGAGAGCAGCACGGUGGGCGUGGCUGGGGAAGCCCCUCCCUCCGGGGGCGGCGACCUGGUUCAGAGUGACGAGGGGGAGGGGGGUUACAGACAGGAGGCGGGGCAUGGAGAGGACAAGGCCACACCCACAGAGAGGACCAGCGCGGACCCUCCUCCCGAAGCCCCCAUCAUUCUUAGCGCCCCCCAGACCCUCAAACCUGACAUGUACGACCUGGUGUGGAGGCCCGGGAGGGACUGGGGGACCCCCAUCAACGCGUACUUCGUAAAGUACCGCAAGCUGGAUGACGGAGGGAACAUGGUGGGAGGCUGGUACACGGUGCGCGUCCCUGGCAGUGAGAACGAGCUGCGUCUGACGGAGCUGGAGCCCUCCAGCCUGUACGAGGUGCUGAUGGUGGCACGCAGCCAGGCGGGAGAGGGGCAGGCAGCCAUGCUCACCUUCCGCACCAGCAAGGAGCGGCCAUCGACCUCCAAGAAGACCCCCCCGGUCACCAAGGUCCCCCCUGUGAAGAGGCUGGGAGUGGUGAUCCCGGGGCGACACAGUGGGGUGGUGCCUGAGGCCCCGGACCGACCCACUAUCUCCAUGGCGACCGAGACCUCCGUGUACGUGACCUGGAUCCCCCGGGCGAAUGGGGGGUCCCCCAUCACAGCCUUCCGGGUGGAGUACCGGCGACUGGGGCGCAGCACGGAGUGGGGGGUCGCGGCCGACAGCAUCUCCCCCUCCAAACUGUCUGUGGAGGUCCGCAGCCUGGAGCCAGGUGCCUCCUAUAAGUUCCGUGUGGUGGCGAUGAACACGUACGGAGAGAGCCCGCACAGCGCCCCCUCGAGGCCCUAUUCGGUGGCAGGGUUCAGCGGGCGCUUCUCCAAGCCUCCAAUCACGGGACCCCACAUCGCGUACACGGAGGCCGUCAGCGACACGCAGAUCAUGCUCAAGUGGACAUACACCUCCUCAAGCAACAACAACACCCCCAUCCAGGGCUUCUACAUCUACUACAGGCCCACUGACAGCGACAACGACAGUGACUACAAGAGGGACCUCGUGGAAGGUAUGAAGCAGUGGCACCUGAUCAGCCACCUGCAGCCCGAGACCUCCUACGACAUCAAGAUGCAAUGCUUCAACGAGGGAGGGGAGAGCGAGUACAGCAACGUCAUGAUCUGUGAGACCAGAGUGAAGCGUGCUCCUGGAGCCUCAGAUUUCCCUCCAGUCCCCCCGAAGGACCUGGCCACCCCCCCGAGCCCGUCGGAGCGGGGGGUGGGCGGGGGUGUCCUGGGCUCCAGCCCCCGCAGCUCCGACAUGCUGUACCUGAUCGUGGGCAGCGUGCUGGGGGUCAUGGUGCUCAUCCUGCUGGUCUUCAUCGCCAUGUGUCUGUGGAAGAACCGGCAGCAGAACGCCCUGCACAAGUACGACCCCCCCGGGUACCUGUACCAGGGCGUGGAGAUGAGCGCUCACAUGCUGGAGUACACCACACUGCCCAGGACCGGACGCAUCAACGGCAGCCUUCAUGCCCUGAGCAACGGCUGCCCUCACCUGCACCUCAAAGUGGGCAACGGGGGGGGUCUGAACGGGGGCAACGGCCUCUACCCCGGCCUGGACGGGACCCUGGAGUACGAGCACCCCCCUCACCACCUCCCUAACGGGGGCGGGAUGUACAGCGCGUUGCCCCAAUCGGAUCCCUCGGAGUGUCUGAGCUGUCGAAACUGCCGCAACAACAACAGCAGAUGUUUCUCCAAAACCAACGGCACUCUUCCCAUAAUGCACCACGUGGGGCCCUGUCGCCAAGACAAUCUGGAGAUGGUGCCCCUGAGCCACGUGACCACGCCCCCCCACUGCGACACCAGCGCCCCCGAACUCCCAGAGUGCCAUGGGGAGAUGGGAGAGGAGGGGCAGGAGCCUGGGGAGGACACGCCCCCACCUCUUUCCCAGCAUCCCUGCUGCCAGUUAGGGGAGCUGCACCAGGAAUGUCAAGAGGAAGAGCAAGGAGAGGACGAGCCCUGCAUGGAAAUGGAAAGCCCAGUGUUUUGCUGGGAGCCUCUGUCUUUGCCUCCCUUGGACUGUAAUGAGAAAACAGCCUGGAUUUCAACAGGCACUGCAAAGGACAGCUCCUUAGAGGGCUUCAUCCAGGCCCAGCUUCAGGAGACUUGAGGGGAGGAAACGAGAGCUAGAGACAGAGUGAGAGAGAGAGAGAUGACUGUUUUGGUUUUCUAUGAGCUGCACAGAGCUGAGGUCAAAGAUCAAGAGAGAGACCGAAAAAGAACAAAAAAAACACCUUUAGACACUUAUUUAUUUUUUGUAGUAGUGAAAUAUUAUUUCAUAUGAAUGUAUCUGUUUUUAAAAAAGAAAGUUUGCCUUUUUUAUUAUUUUAUUAUUAUUAUUAAUAAUAAUAUUAUUAUUAUUUAUGCUUUUUUAUUAGCGUUUUUGUUUUUGCCAGCCACACAGUGUGGAGUUUAGACUUUUUAUGUAUAAAGUUUUGUACAAAAAAAAAUAAUUAUAAAGAGAAACUAUAGAAGAUUUUUUUUUUUUUGUUGUUCCCUGUCGAUCAAAACUCAAAGCACUUCUUGAACAAGGGAAACUGAGUUCAAACUGGCUACUGCAACCUAACGACCGACCACCUGCUGUCCCUCUGCCUGCCGCUACACUGCUUACCGGAGGCACGGGAGGAUGGUCCUACCCGGCCGUACCGAGCAGGAUCCUGCGAUGUCAGUGAAAAAGUGCGUCUGACAGCACAGGCUGUGCCAUGAUCUGAACCUGCAAGUACAGCAGCGUGCGUUACUGCAAGAACAAAGACUUAUGUACGCGAGUAGCACAGCUCACUGUGCUUGUGGACUGGACACAACUCUACAGAUGGUCGCUGCCACCGCUUGCACCAUUGUUGGACGCAGAGACAAAACUACCUUCCCAUCCCAUCCCAUCCCAUCCCGGUCCGGAUUGAAUUCAACGAUGGUGCCGCCAUUAUAGUUAUAAAGCUGUGGCGUUUCUGUGAACUCUGAUUCAGCGCUGGUCCUGGGUCCAGACAGGGCUGGCUUGUCAAAGCCGCGUCCUUGACACUAUCGGUGUUGCCGUGGUAAUACGUUUCUCUUUGCUUUCCGUUACUGUACAGCCAGGUUUCACCGUGUACAGGACAGCGAGGACUGGAAAACGCAAACACUGCCGUGUAAUACAGAACUAAACCAGACCUCUUGUCCUUCUGUGUUUGUAUUUUUUUUCCACAGACCAGCAUGCCAGUUGCCUGACUUCACUCACCCCUUCCCUAAAACCAGAAGCACGCACACAAGCAACAAAUAGUCCGAAUAGCGCCACUGAUUUUUAGAUCUCAAACAUUCCAACAGCACACGCAAGUCUGGGGUUGAUUUUAUUUUCCCAGGGAGAAGCGUGUUUCUUUAGUUUUGUCUUGAAAACAAGCACUUCACUCGAGCAGAACCUUGAAAGAGCUUCAGGAAGCCUGUGUGUUUCCAAGUGGCUGCCGAGCCAGCCCCGUGUAUCUGUGACCCCCUCCCCUCCUCGACAGCCGCACUGCACAGACACAAGGCCGCUCAGCAGCUGCUGUUUCUCAAUCUGUAUCUCAAGGUCUCGAGAGGAAUGUGUGUCCAGUGAACGCCAGGAAUAAACCUCACUGGACUGAAUCCGUGUUACAAAAACAAACCCAGGGGACUGAGCGUCACCUGUCCAGGCCUGACCGUUACAAACAGAGCUGCGCAUGAUUUUAAAGUCAGAUUCAGAAAUAGGAUGAGAAAUAAUGUUUUUAUCUCAAAACUAUGUUGUGCUUGUGUUAGUAGUUUGGGGGUUUACUUCUCAUACCAUGGGCAGCUUUUACAUCUGUUUUAAAUUGUAUUUUUAUGUUACUGAUGGAAUGAUUCUGUUUUCCUGCCAAGAGGCCCACAUUUGAAAAUGAAAGACACUAAUAUGUCAAACAGAGCUGAGACUAUGAUGGGAGACGCAGUGCAGCGCAGGUUGGUUGCAGGUGUCAGGUUGGGGGUGGGGGGUUUUAUAACAGAGAUACCAGCUCAUCCAUGCGCCAGGGCUUGUUCUUAUUGUAGGGAGGUGAUGUGGCGUGGCUAUACUUAGCAUGUCCUGCAUGCAUGACUUCCUGUCAGCCGUGGCACAGACGCUUCCUCCUGUUAUUUUUGGAAGCCCGGGCUGGCAGACUCAGGCAUGUUGGACUCUGCUCCCUCCUGGUCUGUCUCCAGACAAGUCUUACGAGGAAGGAGAGGAGCCUCUUCUGUCUAGCCGCCCUGAUCUCUGGCGUCCAACGGCCAGCACACCUCAGAACAAGGAGAAUCCCUUUGAGCGAGCAGCUGCAGAUGUUUUAAAGUGCUUGAUAACUCUGGAAGGGGACGGUUUGCUUUUUCACGCUGAGAGAAGCUGCAUUAUAAACUCGGUGAACUAGGACAGAUGUGGAAUUCGGGUCAAAGCGCUUCAAACGCGAAGGCCCGUGCAGUUACCGCCCCCGCCCCUGUGAAACCAGCCUCGCUCUGACUUCCAAGAGGCUGUAACUAACUCGGUUGGCACCAGACUGCGUUGGGCUGCAGUGUUUACCUAAAUAAUUGGUCCUCCUGUUUUAGUUUAUUGUCUGUUUUGACUGCUGUUAAACUCUUGUGUCUAGUGCCAGCACAACGGGGUAAAUAAAUCUAAACAACAACAUCCCUGUUUAGAUUUGACUGGGACUGCUCCACAAAACACUGGGGCUUGAGAUGGAGAAACCUCUGCUGUAGCUCCAGGCUUCCAGUGUUUGUGUGUGUGUGUUUAUUUCACAUGCAGUAGCAGUGUGGCUUUCUCCCCAGCUCAUAAACAUCACCUGCGACUAGCCUGUCUAUCAAAUAAGGAAAUAAAACACGGUUUAUACUGAAUCGCUGGCAGGCAGAAAGCAUGCAAGCAGUCUUGCAAAGCUAAGCCCUGCUCACAGAGUGAUCGUAGCAGCUCUGAGAAGAUCUUCUGUGCAGGACAUGGUGUAGAGAGAGACAGACAGAGAGGCAAGGUUGUGCCUUAAUUGAAAAUCAACUGGAGAAAAAGGUAGCCAGGUUUUUCAAAUUAUUAAAAAGGUUAUUUGUGCUGAAGUGUGCAUUCUGUGUUUUUUCAUAUGGUUUGUACUGUGGAAUGUAGCAUGUUAGAGAAAGUGGUGGGAUGCAGUGUGGAAGGCAGCGGGUUCGAGUAGCUCAGUGUUUAGAUAAAGAAAGCACUGGGCUGCAGUGUGGAAGGCAGUGGGUUUGAGGAGCUCAGUGGUUAGAUAAAGAAAGUGCUGGGCUGCAGUGUGGAAGGCAGGGGGUUUGAGGAGCUCAGUGGUUAGAUAAUGAAAGCGCUGGGCUGCAGUGUGGAAGGCAGGGGGUUUGAGGAGCUCAGUGGUUAGAUAAUGAAAGCGCUGGGCUGCAGUGUGAAAGGCAGGGGGUUUGAGGAGCUCAGUGGUUAGAUAAAGAAAGCACUGGGCUGCAGUGUGGAAGGCAGUGGGGUUUGAGGAGCUCAGUGGUUAGAUAAAGAAAGCGCUGGGCUGCAGUGUGGAAGGCAGGGGAUUUGAGGAGCUCAGUGGUUAGAUAAAGAAAGCGCUGGGCUGCAGUGUGGAAGGCAGUGGGGUUUGAGGAGCUCAGUGGUUAGAUAAAGAAAGCGCUGGGCUGCAGUGUGGAAGGCAGGGGGUUUGAGGAGCUCAGUGGUUAGAUAAAGAAAGCGCUGGGCUGCAGUGUGGAAGGCAGGGGGUUUGAGGAGCUCAGUGGUUAGAUAAAGAAAGCGCUGGGCUGCAGUGUGGAAGGCAGGGGGUUUGAGGAGCUCAGUGGUUAGAUAAAGAAAGCACUGGGCUGCAGUGUGGAAGGCAGGAGGUUUGAGUAGCUCAGUGGUUAGAUAAUGAAAGCGCUGGGCUGCAGUGUGGAAGGCAGUGGGUUUGAGGAGCUCAGUGGUUAGAUAAAGAAAGCGCUGGGCUGCAGUGUGGAAGGUUUAGUAAAAGCUUUAUCAACCCAAAUUUGAAAGUGAUUUUGCUGUUGAACUAGGAGGCAACAGCAGCUGUAUUAUAGAAACGACAGGUUGCCAAUAUUUACAACUCCCAGUGCAUUGUGGAGCAGUAAACUGGUCAUACUGGUAGCUGAAUUCAAGACAGGGUAUUUCAAUUUGAACGGGGAUGCACAUCCUGUUUUCAAGGUUACAAAAAAAUCUGGCUGUAUGAGUGAACGACUUAGAAAUGGACAAUGUGGUGUAAUGUACUCUCCGCAAAACCUUCCCAGUUCCAAUAACCGCCAGAAUAGUUUUUUUUAUUUGACUGUUCUAUUGUUUUUAAAUAUAUUAUUAUUGUUGAUGCUUUUUUAUUCUGCUUGUGUUGCCUUUUUUCGAAGAUAGCGUGUUCUAAAAGAUGCAUGUUUUUUACUUUUAUAUAGAAAACAAGACGACAGAAAUACUCUAUUUUCCUAAUUAAAAACAAAACAAAACCCAAGGUUGUAAUAGCGCUGUUGAAAUUGUACAUAUUUCUAUUGAAUACAGUGUUGUAGCUCCAGGGAGGAUGGCGGAGCGUUGUUUGUACGAUAAUGUUGUUAAUAAAAGAGAAUGCUGCUUUAA